AUGGCCCGCUCCGGCCUGCUCCGCCUUGCUCCGCCCCGCCCCGACCUGCUCUGGCCCGCCCCGCCCUGCUCCGCCCCUGCCCCGCCAUGGCCCGUUCCGGCCUGCUCCGCCUUGCUCCGCCCCGGCUCCACCCCGUCCCGACCUGCUCUAGCCCGCCCCGCCCUGCUCCGCCCCUGCCCCGCCAUGGCUCGCUCCGACCUGCUCCGCCCCGGCUCCGCCCCGCCCCGACCAGCUCUGGCCUGCCCCGGCCUGCUCCGCCCCUGUCCCGCCCCGGCCUGCUCCGCCCCUGUCCUGUCUCGCCCCGCCCUGCUCCGCCCUACUCCAGAACAUCGAUAG